CUGGCCAGUCUGCACAUCACUGCAUGCCAAUCCACACGCCCCGACCCGCCAACCUAAACAAACGGCUGCGGCAGCCCUGAGCACCGCUUCCAACUCCUUGGCCCAUCCCAUCGCCACACGACAUGGCUCACAGCUCACGACCCUCGCGAGACUAUCCCAGCGGCCACCGCUCCUCGCGAGACCGAGCAUACAGCUCCGAGAAGCCCUCGCGCAGUGCCCCGCGCCAUUCAUCAGACCGUCGAUCGCGGAGCAGGCGCCGCGAGUCUCUGCCGCAGUACAACCACAAUGGCCACAAGGUCACAAAGGGCAUCCAUCCCGAGGGUGAAAGUGGCAGGUCCGGCUUCAACCUGAUCAAGUUUCUCGUCAUCACUGGCAGGAGUAGUAGCACGCCGUCCAUGCUCGUCAACAUGCUGUGGCCCAUUGUUCCCAUUGCCAUUGCCCUGCAUUUUGUGAAGCCCGAGUGGCAUCUGGCCAUCUUCAUCACCAACUACAUUGCCAUGUUGCCGGCAGCCAACAUGCUGGGCUUUGCUGGCCAGGAGUUUUCGCGCAAAAUGCCCAACAAGUCUUUUGCCGUUGUGCUCGAGACAACCUUUGGCUCCAUUGUUGAAAUCAUUCUGUUCAUGGUUCUGCUCAAGACGUCCAAAGGCGCCUCCAACGUUCAGGUCAUCAAGGCUGCCAUCUUGGGUUCCAUUCUGGCCAACUUGCUACUCUGCUUGGGCUCAUGCUUCAUCGCAGGCGGAAUCAAACAUGACCAGCAAGAGUUCCACGAGGCCAUUUCGGAAAACGGCUCUGGUUUGAUGAUUGUCGCUGCCAUGGCCCUUGUCCUGCCCGCCGUCUUCUACUCUUUCCUUCUGCAAAACCCCGACUACGACAGCAAUGUCGACAUCACAAAGAACACUCGCCUCAUCUCUCGCGGAGUAGCCAUCAUUUCCAUGGCCGCCUAUCUCAUCUACAUUCUGUACCAGACCGUCUCGCACGACGGUCUGUUCCAUGAAAUCUACGAGGAAGACGACCGUAACGACAAGGACCGCCACAAGGAGUUGAAGAAGCCCAAACUCACCAUGAUCGAAGUCAUUGUCGCCCUUGUCAUUGCCUUGGCCUGCGUCUCGCUUGUGGCCAUCUUCCUCGUCCUUCAAAUCCCCUACAUUGUAGAGCGUGGAGUCAGCGACGCCUUUGUUGGUCUCAUUCUCAUUCCCCUGGUCGAAAAGAUUGCCGAGCAUCUCCUCGCCAUCGAUGAAGCCUACGACAACCAGAUCAACAUGGCACUUGCCCAUGUCCUCGGUGCCUCUAUUCAGACCGCCCUGUUCAACGCCCCGCUCGUGGUCCUGGUUGGCUGGGGAAUUGGUGUUCACAUGGACUACAACUUUGCCAUCUUUGACGCCGUUGCUCUGGUCCUUGCAGUCUUGGCCGUGGGCUCCUUCCUCCGUGACAAGAAGUCCAACUAUCUCGAGGGUUCGCUGUGUGUCAUGACCUACGUCAUCAUUGCCAUUUGCGCAUUCUAUUUCCCCAACCCUGCAGGUCAUGGUAAUUCUGCCGGCCAUGCUGCAGAGGGUAGUUCUGCGGGUGCUGCUGAAGGCGGCCACUAGCCAUUCACUCUCUAGUGACACUUUCAGGCAAUGUAUUUGAUUCCAUCUGAAUGCUUCAAAGCCGCAAGGCUGAAGAGCGGGGUUUUGUUCAUUGGAUUAUUUUCCUUUGUCAGCCAUAAGCGAGCGUCUGCAAUACACUUUCCUUGACCGUUCAUUUCCCUUCAGACUUCAUCUAGCACGCCGAACAUACUACAUAUUUUCAUAUAAUAC